GUCAGAGCCCAGAAGCACCAUGGCUGUUUUUGGUGUCACCAUUGCCUUGCUGGUAUGGGUGGCCACCCUCCUGAUUGUAUCCAUCUGGAAGCAGAUCUACAGCAGUUGGAACCUGCCCCCAGGACCCUUCCCACUUCCUAUCUUGGGAAACAUUUUCCAGCUGGAUUUGAAGAAUAUCCCCAAGUCCCUCACCAAGCUGGCAGAGCGCUUCGGGCCAGUAUUCACACUGCACCUGGGCUCAAAGCGUAUCGUGGUCCUGCAUGGCUACAAGGCUGUCAAGGAGGUACUACUGAACCACAAGAAUGAGUUCUCUGGCCGAGGGGACAUUCCUGUGUUCCAAGAGUAUAUGAACAAGGGGAUUAUUUUCAAUAAUGGACCCACAUGGAAGGACGUUCGACGGUUUUCCCUAAGCAUCCUCCGUGACUAUGGGAUGGGGAAACAGGGUAAUGAGGCCCGCAUCCAGAGGGAGGCACACUUCCUGAUGGAGGAGCUCAAGAAGACCAAUGGUCAGCCUUUUGACCCCACCUUUCUGGUUGGCUGUGCACCCUUCAAUGUCAUUUCGGACAUCCUCUUUCACAAACGUUUUGAUUACAAUGACAAGACGUGUCUGAGGCUCAUGAGUUUGUUCAAUGAAAACUUCUACCUGCUAAGUACUCCCUGGAUCCAGGCUUACAAUAACUUUGAGAAUUAUCUACGAUACCUACCUGGAAGCCAUAGAAAAAUAAUGAAAAAUGCAUCUGAAAUAAGACAGUACACACUUGCAAAAGCCAAGGAACACCUCCAGUCACUGGACUCCAGCUGCCCUCGGGAUGUGACUGACUGUUUGCUUAUAGAAAUGGAGAAGGAAAAAGACAGCCAAGAACCCAUGUACACAAUGGAAAAUAUUUCUGUGACUUUGGCUGACCUGUUCUUUGCGGGGACAGAAACCACCAGCACAACCCUGAGAUACGGGCUCCUGAUUCUCAUGAAAUACCCAGAGGUUGAAGAGAAACUUCAUGAAGAAAUUGACAGGGUUAUUGGGCCAAGUCGUGUCCCUGUUUUCAAAGACAGGCUGGAGAUGCCAUACAUGGAUGCUGUUGUGCAUGAGAUUCAGAGAUUCAUCAGUCUUAUCCCCUCCAACCUGCCCCAUGAAGCAACCCGAGAUACCAUGUUCCGAGGAUAUGUCAUCCCCAAGGGUACAGUUGUGAUUCCAACCCUGGAUUCCCUUUUAUAUGACAGUCAAGAGUUUCCAGAUCCAGAGAAAUUUAAACCUGAACAUUUUCUAAAUGAAAAUGGGAAGUUCAAGUACAGUGACCAUUUCAAGGCAUUUUCUGCAGGAAAGCGUGUGUGUGUUGGAGAAGGCCUGGCCCGCAUGGAAUUGUUUCUGCUCUUGACUGCUAUUCUGCAACAUUUUAAUCUGAAGUCUCUGGUUGACCCAAAGGAUAUUGACCUCAAUCCUGUCACAAUUGGUUUUGGCUGUGUCCCACCUGAAUUUAAACUUUGUGUCAUUCCCCGCUCCUAAGACCUGGAAACUGCCUGUCUCAAGUGAAAAGUCAACACAGACAUCAUUAUUAUCCCUAAAAAUGUGACUUUGUUUUUUAAAAAUCCUAAGCAUAUAGAGUUCCUAUCAUGAAAUGAAACAGAAAAUAAAUAAAAUCUCAAUUAUAUGUUAGCUGUGGAUUUAGUGAGGAGGACCUUGUCCCCUUGGCUAUAUAAAAGUUCCCCAGUGAGUAAACACCAUUCCAUAGCCAACAGUACAGCAUCUUCAGUCAGUCUGUCCCUUACUUCUCUUGAGGAAUGUGGGAUGAUCCUGUUAGGAAUAAAGCGUGAGGAACCUUGGCGGAUUCCAUGGCAAGUGAGGGUGACCGAGGCAGGGGUACAAACACACCAGGCAGAUAGAGCUUAAAUGAGAAGUUUUAUUAGAAAGGGAAGUGGGAGAGAGAAAAGAGGCUCAGAUACAAAGAGAGGACAGAAGAGUAGAGGGAUACAGGAAAAGUCCUGUCUGCCCCAGGGGAACAGUAGGAAAGAGAGAGGGGAAAGGGAGACAGGAAAGAGAGCAUAAGUGGAUGGAAGUCUUUCUUUUAAAGGGUUCCUUUGCACCUGGGCUGACCAGGGUACUGACUGCAUUCUGCCAGGUGACAAGGGCAGGCCAGCAUAAUGCCUGAAUCCUUACAGAUCCUGGUUAUCUGCCUAUCUCAAGACCCUGAAUUUAAAUAUAUAUUCAAAGUUCUCUGAUGGGGGAUGUCUUUCUGUAUAUAUGUUUCUCUUAUUGGUUGAAUAAUAAAACACUGAUUGGCCAGUAGCCAGGCAGAAAGUAUAGGAGGCACUACCAGAUCAGGAUAAUUCUGGGAGGAGGAAGGCAAAGAGAAGCCACCAGAGAAGAUGCCAUGUAGUGGUUGGGAAUAUAGGACACUGAAGCAUUCUCCACGUGGAAAUACAUAGAUUAAUACUUAUGGGUAAAUAAUUAAGACAGAGCUAGCCAGUAAGAAGCCUGAGCUAUUGGCCAAACAGUUUAAUAAUU